GCUCUUAUCAUCUAAUUUCUGACAUGUUUACCAUAUUUCCCUGACACACUCUUCAUUUUGGUUCGCCUUCAUCUUUGAUUUCAAUCUCAAUCAAUUUCAAAAUGAAGAUUCUGCAUGGAGGGCCUCUUCAACUUAUCUAUGCAUUUCUGAUUUUACUGCAUAUGCAAUCUUCAAUUGGAAUCAGUUCAAUUGCUGGUGAUGAAGUUAGGUGCAUAGAGAGCGAAAGACAAGCGCUUUUGGCAUUUAAGCAAGGUCUGGUUGACGAAUAUGGCUGGCUUUCCUCGUGGGGCAGUGAAGAAGAGAGAAAGGAUUGUUGCAAAUGGGAAGGAGUUCAAUGUAGCAACACAACUGGGCACAUCAUUGUGCUUGAUCUAACUACAGUGCAUGAGCAUGGUUAUUAUCUUCACUUGAGAGGUAACCUUAGUCCUUCCCUAUUUGAGUUGCAACAUUUAACUUAUUUAAGCCUCGCUGGAAAUGAUUUCAACUUUAACCGCAUUCCGGAGUCUAUCGGCUCACUCAACAAAAUACAACAUCUUGAUCUCAGUUAUUGUAAUUUAAGUGGAUCUCUUCCUAGCCAGCUUGCAAACCUCACAAGUUUGCAAUAUCUUGAUCUUGGCUUUAAUAAUUUCAACAAUAUCAAAAAUUUUGAUUGGCUCUCUUAUCUGUCUUCUUUGAAACACAUUGCCUUGAUGGAAAAUGACCUUGGAAAGGUAAAUAACUGGCAGCAGGUGAUUAAUAAACUCCCUCAUCUAACUUACCUGUCUCUAAGGGGAUGUAAUCUUCAAGAUGUCAUUCCUCAGUCCAUCCCCAUGAUCAAUACUUCUACUUUUCUCACUGAGCUUGAUCUAGGUUACAACAAUUUGACUGCCUCCACAUUCCACUGGUUGUUCAAAUUCAGCAAGAGCCUUGUUUAUGUCAACUUGUUUAAUAAUCAGUUUCAAGGUUUGACUCCAGAAAAUUUUGGUCACAUGACUUAUCUAGAAACCCUAGAGCUCUCUUACAACCAAUUUGAAGGAGGGAUUCCAAAAUCCUUUGGAAACUUGUGCAAAUUAAGGCACCUAUGCCUAUCUUAUAACAAUCUUAACGGAAUGCUUCCUGAACUAAUUGGUAACUUAUCUGGAUGUCCACAACUCUCCUUGGAAGAAUUGACAAUGGGUGAAAAUAAAAUUAAGGGACCGUUGCCUGAUAUGGUAAAAAACUUCUCGUCCCUGCGAUGGUUGUCUCUUUACAACAAUGAACUAAGUGGUACUAUACCCAAAAGUAUUGGACUCCUGUCAAAACUUGAGGGUUUAGCAAUUACUUCCAACUUUUUGAAUGGGAUGAUCACUGAAUCACACUUUUCUACACUAUCUAAGUUGCGAAAGUUGAAAAUGUCUUCUAAUUCUUUGAGCAUCAACUUUAGCAAUGAUUGGAUUCCUCCAUUCCAAUUGGAUUUUAUAACUCUGUCAUGCAAGCUGAGCCCAAAGUUUCCAAGCUGGCUAAAGUCCCAGAGAAAUUUUUCUUAUCUUGAUAUCUCUGGAAGUGGGAUUUCGGAUAGCAUCCCACAGUGGUUUUGGAACCUAUCUUUUAGAGUAGUUCAUGUUAAUCUUUCUUCCAAUCAUCUCUAUGGAGUUUUGCCAAAUUUGUCAACUACAAAAUUUGCUGAUUCUUUUAGCCUUGGGAUAGAUUUGAGUAAAAAUAAGUUGGAGGGUCUAUUACCAGUAUUCCCUGUUAAUGUAACAUCCAUAAACCUAUCGGAAAAUAGGUUCUUUGGGUCAAUUUCUUCUCUUUGCACCAUAACUGGUGGGAAACUUGAGUUCGUUGAUAUUUCGCACAAUCAACUAUCUGGAAAGCUUCCUGAUUGCAUGAUGCAAUGGACAAGUCUAGUGAUUUUGAAUUUGGCUAAUAAUCAUUUAUUUGGGAAAAUUCCAAGCUCUAUUGGAUCUUUGUAUCGUCUUGAAUCGUUGGGUUUGCAAAACAACAAUUUCUGUGGAGAAAUAACUUGGUCCCUAGGAAAUUGCAGUGCCUUGCAAUUUUUGGACUUGAAUUAUAAUAGCUUCUUUGGGAAAAUACCAACUUGGAUUGGAGAAAGGCUAAGUUCACUAAUUUUCCUUCUUCUGAGAUCCAAUAAUUUAAGUGGAGACAUCCCCUUGAAGCUAUGCUGGUUGACAAAUAUUAUGUUGCUAGACCUCUCCAACAACAAUCUAUCUGGAAACAUACCAUGGUGCAUCCAGAAUCUAACUACAUUAGCUCAACAGGAGAGUUCAGCCUUUGAUCAUUUUUUUACAGAUUCACAGAUUGAUGCUAAUCACUGGAAGUCAGGAAGGUAUGCUGACAAAGCAUCUGUAAUGUGGAAAGGAAUGGAGCGUGAUUAUGGGAAUGGAAAUCUCAAGAAUCUGAGGAUUAUUGAUCUUUCAAGCAACAAAUUAACAGGAGAGAUUCCUGUGCAGAUAUCAGUUCUCUUGGAACUGGUUGAAUUGAACUUAUCAAGAAAUCAGUUGACAGGAUGGAUUCCUCCGAACAUUGGGCAGCUGAGAAACUUAGAAUCACUUGACUUGUCAUGGAACCAGCUUUCAGGUCAGCUUCCUUGGAGCAUGUCCCAAUUAUAUUUUCUCGGCACCUUGAACCUGUCAUAUAACAACUUUUCUGGGAGAAUCCCUUUGGGAAGCCAAAUGCAGACAUUUGAUGCUUCUUCAUUUCUCGGUAAUCCUACACUUUGUGGGCUUCCUCUAACACCAACUUGCCCGGGUGAUGAAACAUCAGAGAGCAAACCAAAAACCAGACACAUAGCUGAAUUCUGGAAACCGUUUAAACCGGGUAUGGAACUUGGAGCUGCCAUUGGCUUUGUGGGAGUUCUGGCUGUGAAGUUAGAUCAUCCAUUGAAACAUCUUUGUUUCCUGUUGUUCAACAACAUGAGGGUCCACCUCAGCAACUUGAAGGACUGCCUUUGUUUACUUGUAGCAGUAGUUGGUUUGCUGGUGAGAGAGCAUGUAUGCAGAUUGGGAAAAAAGUUGAAGUUGUUCGAACCAUCAGUCUCUUCCUAGAAGCCGGAAGAUACCUGAAUAUAAUAUUUAGAUAUUAUGUGUUAAAGUGGCACUUGCAAGAGCAUUGAAAGAUGAUUUUGCAAAAAUUCUGCUUUCACGGACAGUGAACACGUAAUAUAAAAAUUACUUAACAAUUGUUUCAAAAAUUAAAUUUCUGCUUUGGUAAGUUGCUUCACUGGCAAGAGCAGAACCUUAAAUUUUGCUCCGGCCAGUGAAGCAACCGAAGGCCAUUAUGAAACAAAAAAAGACAUGGCAGCAGGGUCAUGACAGAAAAUAAAAAUAAUAAGUGGAG